GGCGCGCGCGCCUGAUAGUGUCAGUGCUGGGGAUGAAUAACUGACUGCUGCCCUUUAAACACCUCAACAGUUUCAUCCUACCAUUUAAUUUCAUCUGCACUGCUACAAAUUCCAUGUCGUAAAGCUCUUCAUGACUGCCUACUAUCCUCAGGUGUACCGCUCUGUGUUUGUGCCGUGCCGUGAGAUGACCGAAGUGAUUAUCAGCAGCACUCCGAUGGAGGACAUACGGCUCAGCCCGAGCAAAGACCGCCUCACUUUCCAGAUCUUUCCAGAUCCGUCGGACUUGGAGCGCUGCUGCAAGCUGAAGGACCGCCUUCCGUCCAUUGUGGUGGAGGCGACGGAGGGCGAGGUGGAGAGUGGAGAGCUGCGCUGGCCUCCUGAAGAGUUCCAGAUCAGCCAGGGAGAGGGAGACGAAGAAGAGGACGAAGAGGAGGAGGAGGAGGAGAUGAACAGGAACAUACAACAGGGACAGCAAACGCAAAGAAAGGACUGAUGAAUAAGCACGCACCCAAACACACACACAAAAACACACAGACACACAAAAGCAUCAUUUUAAGAGUACUUCAGCGAGAUACUGAUCUCACACCUGGUGCUUAAAUUUAGAGCUUUAUGAAUACAGUCCCCCUUGAUUGACUUAUCGAUCCUCCCAUCAUGCACUCUCAUGUUCACUUCAUAAAAGAUUCUCACAUCGCAUUCAUUUUAAGCCUAAACGCAAACCAGCAUCGUCACCCUUCAUAACACAUUGCCGUCUCUCGCUCAUUCUCGCACUCCCUCCUGUUCUCGUGCGCACACUUUCUCUCAUGUGAAUAUCCAUAUAGAGUUAUGCAUAUGUUCAUCUGUGAGUGAGGAAGACUUUAGUUCCUGAAUAUUUUAUUACUUUUUUUUUACCCUGACAAGUGCAAGCUCCCUUAUGAAGAACUUGCGAACUCAUAAAUGAUCACACAGAGCCGGUGUUUCUUUUCUUCUUUUUUGGAUGAUAAUCAGAAAUCUGAUUGAUUGAUUGAUUGAUUGAUUUCUGGGGUUAACAAUGUUAAGUGACAGUACAGGGUUAAACAGCACAGGCGUUCUGACUGUUCUGUUUUCACUGUUUGAAGAAUUAUUUUCCAGUGCUAAACAUUUCAGAUUCGAGCCAUGUGUCAUAACACAGAGAAACAGAGCCGCGAGGCUUAUUUAGCACUGAAGUUAUAAACUGUGUAGGAUGUUCUUGCUAAGUCUAGUUUAGCCUAGCCACUUUUUUUUUUUUUUUUGGUAACUAUUUUCCAUUUAAUACUGUAUGUAAAUAGAUUUUGUACACAGCAGUAGUCAUUUUCACUGUGAAUAUCUGCAUGUAGUUGUUCGUCUUUGUACAUAGAUAAGAUUCUCUUCAUCUAGCUAAUGAUUGGCACUCAGUGAGUGAAUAAAAAUCCAAAUUAAAUACAAUAAUUUCAUGCUAAUCACAUUCUUUUUUCCCCCCUCCUUUUGUUUAAACAUCGUUCAUUAAGUUUCAUGUGCGGAUCCAGAAUGUGAUUGACAUAACCCUCUUCCCUCAGUGGAAAGGUUACAAAAGGUCACCUUGGCACUGAGAGCACCUUUGUAUAUUGACACAAUGUCUAGCCUUUAUUUUCAUUUUUGAAAGGUCUGUUUCUUGUGUACUUCUUGGUUAUGUACUGUAUAAAGGCUUUGGUCUCUCCCUCUGUGUGUGUACUGUAUGUGUGUGCGCGUGCUUGCGCGUUAUGAGGGUCGCGUGUGUUCAGUAAAGUUCAAGGGUCCUCUGUGUGAACCGCAUGUAGAUUUGCUCUGUAUUUUGUGUACAGCUCAGGGAGAACAGCUGCCAUUUUGUCUCAGUUUUGAUUUUUUUUCCCCCCACGUCUUUACCUUUUUUUUGUAAAUAAACCUUUGGAACAUA